AUGACAAGAAUUCCAUUAAAAGAAGCUUCAAAUUUAGAAUUAACUCCAUCAAAAUCGUCUUAUACAUCGUCAUCAACUACUGAACCAACAUCAUAUACCCUUACAAAUUAUAAUUAUAAUGAUUUAGAUUUUAUUAAUUCAACAACACCACCAGAUUCAAUAUUCAAUAAAUCAUCAACACAAUUUGAAACUCCAAUAAAAUCAAUAAAUUUAAAUCCAAAUGUUUUAAUAGAUUCAAAAUUAUUUCCAUCAAAAGACAAAGACCAGAAUAAUUCAUCGUCGUCUAAACAAAAUUUAAUAUCUACUUCAUACUUAUCACCUGCUUUUUCAUCACCACAAAAUUCAAUAACUAAGAAUAAUACUCAAUCAUCUCCCAUUAAAAAGAAAUCUACAACUUCAUCUGCAUCAUCUUCCGCGCCUUUUAAUUUAAAUUCUGAAGAUAAACCACCUUAUAGUUAUGCAACAUUAAUUGGAAUUUCAAUUUUAUCUCACCCUGAUAAAAGAUUAACAUUAUCUCACAUUUAUCUGUGGAUUUCAGAUACUUUUAAAUUUUAUAGAAAAGAAGAUGUUGGUUGGCAAAAUUCAAUUAGACACAAUUUGUCUUUAAAUAAAGCGUUUAUAAAAGGCGAAAAAUCAAAAGAUGGAAAGGGUCAUUUUUGGUGUAUUAAACCAGGUCAUGAAGAACAAUUUUUAAAAAGUAGAAGUGUUAAGAAAUCAAGUUAUCAUGAAGUAAUGGAUCAAAUAAAUCAAGCAACAAGAUUAAAUGCUGCGAAAAUGGCUGCAAAAAGAGAAAUAUUAUCAUCACCGACUCCAAAUACCCAACAAGACCAAGAAGAUAUACAAGAAAAUGAGAAAGAAAACUUUCCUAAGUCCCAGAAGAGAAAAUUUGAAGAAGAAGCAGAAAAUUCAGACCAUGGUCUCGAUGUUGAAGAAGAAACUGACUUAACAAUUAUAGAUUAUAAUCCACCACCAUUCAAAAAACAACAGUUGCAAAAAACUCCAACAAUAUCUUCAACUCCACAAUUUAUUAUAAAUUCACCUAAUAGACCAAUAUUAGCAGAACGUAAUUUAACUUAUACAUCAUCAUAUAAUUCAAAUUUUGAAUUAUCUCCAAUAAGGACAAGUGAAACAGGACCAUUAUUAGAACCAAUAACUCCAAAACAACAAUAUCAACCAAACCUUCCCCAUUCAAAUAAUAAUCUAUAUCAUCAAGUAUUAAUUAAAAGAACACCAAAGAAAACACCAAUUAAAAAUAUUCGAACACCAACUACAAAUUCAAUAAUAUUGAAAAAAAUUUGGAAUUCUCCUUCUUAUCUUGAUGAUUUUUAUUAUAGUCCGGUGAAUAAUAAUAUUAAUAAUGGGUUUAAUUCUAAUUCACAUUCAAAAUUGUCGAAAAUAACUGGUGGUAAUAAUCUAAUAUCUUAUGAUGAUGAUGAAAUGAUUAUGAGAAAUUUAGAAAUCCAUUCGUCUCCGAUAUUUGAAAGUAAACAUAUUUUUAAUUGGGAUAAAUAA